UGGGGGUACCUCAGCUAGUAUCCCCACUGCUGGAGGAAAGUUGAAGGCUUGGCAUUCGUCUUUAGUACUGUACUCUGAUAGUAAUAAUGUACUGUAGCAGCCAGCAACCACCGCCGUAGCCAAAGAGGUGAAGCUUGCCAAACCACUGCUGCGGCUGUAACUGUGUUUGCAUUCCCGGCGGUGCAUGAAAAACAGUAAUCCCGAGAACAGCGCCAAAACUACUGAACUUGAUUGAAUUGCAAAUUCAGGGAAACCUGUCCCCAAAAGGUUGCAUAGACUUUACUAUACAAAUCAAUUACCAGCAGUGAAUGGAUAACGCGAACACAACUGGGCUGCAUUCAUUAUAUGCUGAAGAAAAAACAAAGUUUGUGUUUGUUUGUUUGUUUGUGUGUGUGCGUGUUUGUUUUGUUUUGUUUUGACUGCUGACUAUGGAAGUGAAAAGCAUGGACUGGGGAAAGCUGAAGCUGGUCUGCAUUUCCAUACUGGUGCUCACUGGUUUCCAUUCUGGCCUGACUGGUUCUGCGGGACUGGAAGAUUCGGGCGAGCUGGGGUCUGGGAUGAUACUGACAGAAGAUGUAGACUUGCUGGACAAGAUCACGUCGCAGUCUUCAGACCUCAAUAACGUCUCUGUGUCACACGAUGAACAGAACUGCACCGUGCUGGGGAUCGGGCAGUACGCCACUCUGAGCAUGCCUACCCGCAGGGCCUUCAGAACCAGGUUUGCAGACGAGUUCAGUGUGCUGAUUCACGUCAGGUAUGCUCUGGCCGAGGACACCAGUCUGCUGACCGUCCUGAACCACCGCAAUGACAUCCUCCUGCAGCUCCGCAUCAACCCCUACGCACUGACCUUCGUCACCACCAGGAGGAGGCACUACGAGUUCCCGGUCUCCGUGCUGGCGGACGGCACGUGGCACCGCGUGGCUCUGGCCGUGUCCUUGGAUAGCCUGGAGCUGCAUGUGGACUGCGAGCUGGUGGAGAGCGUGCCCUGGAAGGAAUACUUCGGAAUGGGCAUCUCCACCGAGGGUCUCCUGCUCCUGGGGGGCAUCAUAGAGGCCUUCGAGACCCCCUUCGAGGGCUCUCUUAGCCAGCUGAGUUUCAUUAUGGGGGAUCCAGCCGCUGCCCGGGAGCACUGCAACCUUCCCCCCCGGGACUGUCGGGGUGCGUUCAAGACCGAGGCUCCCCAGAACACCUCCACCUCUCUCAGGGACACACAGCAGGGCUCCACGGUUGAAACUCCAGGAUCCCAGACGUGGUCCCCCUGGCUUCAGCACUUUGCCAAAGGAGCUGGCGGCCCCUCUCCCGGCACGGCGACGGCUUUGCUCCUGGGCCCAGGGAGCCGCGGAGACAUGCCCGACGAGGAGCCAGCGCACCGGAACAUCACCUCCAAGAAAGUACCAGGACUGGGGUGGUCUGCUGGCAACCUCACCUUGGACAAAAACACCAUUACCUCAUUGCUCAUCAAGGGCAGCAGCGAUGGCUCAACUGCCGUUUCCACCAAAUCGGAUUCUGUGUUCAAGAUCGUGGACGAGAACGUCACCACCGACAAGCAGAAGGGGGACGCGGGCUCCAGGACUUCUGUUCUGUUUCCAGGCAAGCCCUCGGACAAGAUCAUCGACCUAGACGCUAAACAGUCCUCUCGCCUCCCAGACAGCAAGACCUCAGCACACUCUCCCCAGCGCCCUGCUCCUCAGGUUCAGGACACCGACCUGCUGCUUGAAGAAGAGGAGCUCUUGGUUGCUGCUCCCUUGCCUACAGCUCACCCCAGGACUGGGGAGUUGGAUACAGGGAUAAAUGCCAGUGCCACACUAGGGGAAACGCACAACUUAUCAGAGGCUGGGAAUGGCACUCUACAGCACAGCAUGGACUCGCGCACGGAUAGGAUUACUGACACCAGGGUGCUGAAGGGCGCUGUGCAUCAGCAGCACAAAGAGGGCUCUGUGGUGCAGGGGUCCGACGGCAGGCAGUACCGACUGAAACCGGGGCCCCCAGGGCCAAUCGGACCCUCAGGGAAACCAGGCUGCUCAGGAAGAAGAGGGUAUCCAGGGUUCAAAGGAGACAAGGGGUAUCGGGGGCUGAUGGGACGCACUGGCCUGACUGGGAAGCCUGGACCCCCCGGCCCCGCUGGGCUGCCCUCACUCUACCUGUGGAGGAACACGCCCCAGGACUGGCUUGCAUUCAGGCAAACAUCAUUCUUUCAGCUGUUACAAGCCGGCUGGCCCAGAGAGCGGGGGCCUGCAGGUGCCCCUGGGGAAAUGGGGAAGCCAGGGCCACAGGGAAUUCAAGGAGAUCCAGGAGAGAGAGGGACACCAGGACACAAGGGCUACACGGGUGACCCAGGCCCACGUGGAAAGGCGGGUCGGUCUGGCUCCCGGGGGUCAGACGGAGUUCACGGAGUGGACGGUCAGCCAGGUCCAGCUGGGAUACCUGGACAUCAGGGACCUCAGGGCUACACGGGAGAUCAAGGAGCGAAAGGAGAGAAAGGCGUGGAGGGGUUUACAGGGGAAUCCGGGCCUGCUGGAGAGAGAGGAGGGAAAGGAGCAAAGGGGGCAAAAGGGGAAGCUGGCUUACGUGGACCUAUUGGAGCACCUGGCUCGAUGGGAGUCCGAGGGGUACCGGGAGUUCAAGGGCCUCAGGGGCCACCAGGGGAGCACGGUUUGGUGGGCCCUGUGGGAUCACCUGGGGCUGUGGGUGACAGUGGGGCGACAGGAGAGGUUGGCGCCCAAGGGGUUAAUGGCUCUCAGGGAGACAGCGGACCGGCGGGACCCCGUGGCCCCAGGGGCCCUCAGGGGUCGCAAGGUUUACAAGGUGUAAGAGGACUAGAGGGACAGAGAGGACCACAGGGAUCUGCUGGAAAGGAUGGUCCUCCUGGUCCAAAAGGUGAACCUGGAGAGAUCGGCCCCUCCGGUCCCAGAGGAGAGCCCGGGUUCGAAGGGCCAAUGGGGAUCAGUGGAAUACCCGGUCCUAAUGGGGUCCCAGGAAGCAGAGGAGAUCGAGCCCCGGAUGGUGAUCAAGGGAAUGCAGGAUUAAAAGGGGAUUGUGGGCUCCAAGGUCCUCUUGGUAUGAGAGGUAUCCCUGGGGUCAGAGGUCAAAGCGGCUUCCCAGGAUUCCCUGGUGAAAAGGGGCAAAGCGGACCGCAGGGACCCCAGGGUGAAGAAGGAGGAAGCGGCCCGCCGGGAACAGUUGGCAGUGAGGGGGCGAAGGGAAACCGGGGACAGUCUGGCUCGAUGGGAAAACAUGGCCCUAAAGGACCAAGGGGUCGGACGGGGCAGUGUGGCCUUGUGGGUGCACCUGGAGUGCCGGGUCUCAGAGGCCUGCCUGGGAUUGAGGGUCCAGAAGGAAAGCCUGGUACACAGGGUGAGUCUGGUGCGUCUGGCAGCUCUGGCAGUAAGGGACUCAGAGGUUUCCGAGGGGCGAGGGCAGGGCCAGGACAGGCUGGAGCCCCUGGAGCUCCGGGUCCUCCAGGCAGGGCAGGGCAGGACGGCAGCCCCGGAGCGGCUGGCGAGAGGGGUUUCACUGGUAAACCUGGACUGGAGGGACCUCAAGGACCUGUAGGCAUGUAUGGCUAUCCCGGGUCUCUAGGCGAUCGUGGAAGAACAGGCCACGUGGGAGGAAGGGGCGAGCCAGGAGUCCGAGGACUUACUGGGCUUCAGGGAAAGGCAGGGCUCAAAGGUCUGCCCGGCCCCCCUGGGGAAGUGGGACCCCUUGGUCCGCAGGGAAGGAUGGGAGAGCCAGGCCUCAAGGGACUGCAGGGUUUCUCUGGAUUGUCUGGUCCCCCUGGUCCUGAUGGCGGGAUGGGCAAACAGGGCCCCCCAGGAGACAAGGGGCCCCAGGGGCCAAAGGGAGCGAGCGGGACAAACGGAUACCCGGGCAAAGAAGGGCUGGCCGGGGCUGAAGGACCAACUGGGGAGAGAGGAGAGAAGGGUUCGACCGGGUCACCAGGGGACAUGGGGACUGCAGGUCUCGACGGGGAGCAGGGGCCUCCCGGACCUGCCGGUGUUGAGGGCUCUUCUGGAGUGAAAGGGGACCAGGGAGAUGCAGGGCCAUGUGGGAAGCCAGGCACUAAAGGUGCUGCCGGGGAGCCAGGGCUUCAGGGGCCCAAGGGACUGGAAGGAGACCCGGGAGAGAUGGGAAAAGAGGGGGAGGUCGGUGAUCCAGGUGACAUCGGGGAUGUUGGCCCCAAAGGUGAAAAGGGUGCGGUGGGCUCCAUUGGACUUCCAGGGCAGCCUGGACCUGCGGGGAUUCUGGGAGAAAGGGGAGAGAGGGGGCCGAGAGGAGAGAAGGGCCAUGCCGGUCUCCUGGGUCAAGUUGGAUUGAUGGGGGCAACAGGUCUUUCAGGGAUUCCUGGAAAAGUGGGUGAACCGGGGGUGACAGGAUUGCCCGGGCCAGAUGGUCCCAAAGGAGAGAAGGGAGAUCUCGGAUCUGAUGGUAGAACUGGGCCACCCGGCAGCCUUGGACCGGAGGGGUUCACUGGUGAAGACGGGAAAAGGGGAGACACAGGAAAACCUGGCCCUGUUGGUGCUCCAGGGAAACAGGGACCCCAGGGUGCAGAGGGUCCAAAGGGUCUGCCCGGGCCUGAGGGGGAAAAAGGGGAGCCCGGCGAAAAGGGGGGUCCGGGAGCGCAGGGUCCAGAAGGUCCACCCGGUAUUAAAGGCCCAGCAGCCGUACCUGGAAUUGAGGGUCCCCCAGGAGAGGUUGGGAAACGGGGGGAGGCAGGACCGCCAGGCCCACCGGGAGCCACUGGUAACCCAGGCCCUGAAGGACGAAUGGGACUGAAGGGAGAGAAGAGUGAAGACGGGACAGACGGUGAUCCAGGGGUGCCUGGAAACCCUGGAAGGGGGGGUAAAAGGGGUAAAGCCGGACCGAGGGGAUCGAGAGGAGCCAGAGGGGAGACGGGUGUUAAAGGAGAGGUGGGGCCAGAAGGGCCAUCUGGAAGACAGGGUCCCUAUGGAAUCCCUGGUCUGAGAGGCGAAAAGGGGGUACCAGGACCGACAGGAAACAAGGGUGAAAAGGGGGACACAGGGCCGCUUGGUCCCUACGGGGACAGAGGGUUCAAGGGAAGGCAUGGGCCUGUGGGAGUACCCGGUCACACAGGGUUAAAGGGGGAGCAGGGAGACAUUGGACCAGCUGGCCCUUCAGGAUCCUAUGGAUUCCCAGGGUUACCUGGUCUGUUUGGAGAAAAGGGACCGAAAGGAUUCCCAGGACAGCCUGGGCUAAGAGGAGGAACAGGACUACCAGGGCCACCUGGUCUCCCAGGGCCUCCGGGACCCCCUCUGAACAUCACGGCCGAGCAGUUAAAGGUGCUCAUGUAUGUUUCUGAUAAACCCAACUACCUGUUCAUCUGGCACAUUCUGGACAGCUUGCGCGAGGAAGUGAGGCUGCUGGUGGACGUACCCAACGGAACCAAAGACAAUCCGGGGACCACCUGCAAGGAGCUCCAGCUUUGCCAGCCUCACCUCACCGACGGUUUCUAUUACAUUGACCCAAAUCAGGGCAGCCCCGUGGAUUCUUUGCUGGUUUACUGCAACUUCACAGGAGGAGGGAAAACUUGCCUGUCCCCUGUGCAAGAUCAGGUACCAGUGAGACAGUGGCUAAAGAAUUACUCCACGGAAAACUCAUUUGAGUGGCUAAGCACUUUGGAUCAAGGUUUUCGGUUUGAAUACUCUGGAGCCAGUGUGGUGCAGCUGCGCUUUCUGAGGCUCAGCAGUACAUUUGCUACCCAAAAUAUAAUUUACUCCUGCUACCCAAAUGCUUAUUCCAACACUGCGCAAGGACAGACAGAAAAAGACAUCAAGUUCCUGACAGACACCAUGGAACAAAGUUAUUUAGGGACAUUAAAAGAAUGCCUGCCCGAAGAGGAAGGCGUCGUUGUGACACAGGAAACCAUUUUUCAGUUUGCCACUGAAGACAUCCAUCUACUACCUCUGAGAGACCUGGCGGUUUUUCACAUCGGCAACGAGAAGCAGGAGUUUGGCUUCACAAUCGGCCAAGUCUGCUUCAGCUAAACAUGCAGCAGCAUGAACAAAAAAAGGACAACAAAACAGGCGUUGGAGAUUCUUUUUCUACAGAGAGAGAGAGAGACAGCCAAUGAUGGGAAACGGACAAGAGAAUUCCAUAUGCAAUGCAAAUGUGUUUUCUGCUAAAAAUCAGUGGCUGUGAAACGCUACUCCAUUUUUAUUUAUGAAACUUUAAUACACAGACAAGCAUUAUGCACCGGACUUGAUGCCUUCAAGGACAAUGGAUGAUGAUGAUGAUGAUGAUGAUGAUAAUAUUAACGAUGAUGAUGAUAAUAAAAGAUUGUUUACAGACUUUUAUAUAUAAAAAGGUGCUAAUUUAAUUAUUGAAUGUUUUCAUGCUUGCGUAUAUGCUGGUGCUUUUUAUUAAUACAUGGUCACAGCGGUAAUGAUUUGAUUUUUUUUUUUUUUUUUUAAGCAACAUAUCUCUCAACUCGGGAAUUUCCUGGAAUUGAAGACCCUUUUUAAAUGUACAGUUAAACCCGUCACAGCUUUAACAAUGUGUCCUACAUUUGUGGUACAGCUAAACUUUGAAAUUAAAAAGCACCAGGUGGAUUCUGAUAUAACUUCAGCCCCACAGUUCUCUUCUGCAUGGGUGUACUGUACGCAGAUCAGGGGUGGAAACUCUCACUAGAAACUCAGGCCUAGGUUUCAGAACUACCCUCAAAAAAAAAAAAAAAAGUUCAAGGAAUCGAUGUAGGGUGUCGAUUUGUAUUCAGCUCAAACAUCUGAUGUUCGCUGAAUUCAAACGGAUAUUCAGGACCUCCUAUUGCUCUGCGUUUGCAAUGUAGAAAGCACUGUAUCUAGAGCAAGGGCGAGCAACACCAAGGGGAUUCCAGUGCAUCAGGAAUUGUGAUGACCGGACCAUUGAGACACAGAUUUACUCUGUCAUGCUUCGUCUUUGAAAUGAGUCUCCAAGGGCUCAGACAAGCUGUCGUUUUACUUUCCUGCAAAUACAACAGAAAUGUACCUUCGUGCCACAGAGCCCCAGCCCUCAGCCCAGAUGAUGCCCUCAUACAGUAGAAGCAGACCCUUGUUUCAAGACAGAGCAGGGUUUCGAUAUUCUAUGCCAAGGUUACCGACCCUCUGUGAAUGUUUCUUUCUAACCCACUGUCAAAGUUACUUUAUUUCUUUCUUAAGUUUCUCACUUACGAAUGUUCUAACUAACUUUACUGUCUUGAUUUCUUUUUUUUCUAACUUAGUAAUUGUUGUUCUUCAUGCAUUAUUAUGACUUGGAUCUUCCACUGCGUUCAUUACCUGCCUCUCUAUAGGGGUGUAGCUCACAGCCAGGGGGGGCUCCCUUCUAAAUAAUAAUAAUAAUAAUAAUAAUAAUAAUAAUCCUUGCAUUGGAAGGA